AGUCAAUCUGCAAAUGUACAUAACGUCUAUCCUGUACAUUACAUAUAUACAAUGGGCUUAAUUAUGCUGGAUAAUUACUCGGUUAAAUUAGUGCUAACGAGAGCAAAAUUUUUGCUAUUGAGAGAAAAACUUAUUGUCUAUCGUGUAAAAAAAAAUGCAGCGGCGAGGUGCUGCGAGUUCAAGACAAGUACUUUCACAUCGGUUGUUUCAAGUGCGCGCAAUGCAGCGCCAGCCUCGCUCAAGGCGGAUUUUUUGCUCGAGAAGGAUCCUAUUACUGUACAAAGGACUAUCGUGAGCGCUGGGGAACAAGAUGCGCUGGAUGCGGCGAGUACGUUGAAGGUGACGUCGUGACUGCUGGAGAGAAACACGCUUUUCAUCCGAACUGUUUUCAUUGCCAGAGGUGUAGACAACCGCUGUUAGGUCAAGGAACUAAAGUUACUCUGGUUCAAGGUCAAGCUUUGUGUCAUCGGUGCGUCAGUAUACCAGUACGAGAAGCCUCGACGCCAAUCGGCAGCAAAACUCAUGACAGCCGAUCAAAAAGUGCUAACGCCAGAGACACUGGUAAUGACGUCGGUGCUUGCGCUGGCUGCAGUGAAAAACUUCAAGAGGGACAAGCCCUCGUUGCUUUGGAUCGACAGUGGCAUUGCGCGUACUGCAGUCGUUACAUAAGCGGAAAAGUAUUGCAAGCUGGUGAAAAUCAUCACUUCCAUCCUACUUGUGCUCGCUGCACCAAGUGUGGCGAUCCUUUUGGGGAUGGUGAAGAGAUGUACUUGCAAGGAGCCGCAAUCUGGCACCCGCGGUGCGGGCCAGGGCCCACCGGGUCAAACGGAAUUGUCAAUGGACAUGGAACUAGAGAUGUUCAUACUCCUCAACACAGAGAAUCUGAGCGUAUAUCAAGUAGUGCAUCUGAGAUGCAGUUCUCAUUGAGAUCUCGCACACCAAGUCUCAACGGGUCGAUAUGCAGUCCAUACAGCAGCAUGAGUCGCAAGUAUUAUCCAGCUAGAACUGGAAGUCCUGGACUGAUAUUACGAGAAUAUGGACGUGGUAACGCCGAAGACGUUUCCAGAAUUUGCACAUAUUCUUAUUUAACAGAAGUACCAAGUCAAGGAUAUUUGAGACGUCCGAUUCAGCCUUACGAUAAGCCACCGACUACAUCGCGCUCGAUAAGAAGCAGCGGAGGUCGAAGCAGCCGUUCAGGAAUGCGAGCGUUGGUAGACGCGCUCAGUGAAACAAGACCAAAAUCUCCAGCAGCUGGUAGUCAGGUCGACAAUGACGAGCCAAUUGAGCUCGCUCAUUAUCCAGAUGCAAUGAAACGUCCGCCUGGAGCUAAACCUCCAAUAGAACGAGACGAUUUUCCAGCACCGCCGUAUCCUUAUACUGAUCCUGAAAGACGUCGACGCUGGUCUGACACUUAUAAGGGAGUUUCGGAUGAUGAAGACGACGCUACAGACGGUACCGACCGAUCAGACAGAUUAGACGGCGAGCGUAAAAAUUAUAUCAAAGAAGUUGAGCAGAAAUUAAAAAAAGAAGAAGAUGAGUUGAGUAAAAUCAACACUGGGAUUGCUAAAGUAUUUCUUCAGGACAUAGAAAAAGAUCGUGAAAAUCUUCGACAUCGCGCAGCUAAUGUCGACCCACGAAACGCUUCGAGAACUCCGUCAGCGGCUCGAGAACCGACUUACAGAUUACGAUAUGAAAGUCCUGUUGCUCCAUCAAGAAAUAUUGAUCACGCACGCCCGUGGGAAGACGAUGACGGUGUUAGUUAUAAAUCAAGCACUGCUCCAAGCUACAAUGUUGUGAGCUCCCUUCGACACAUCCCGAAGCCGGGAUACGGUCUGGCACCGCGAAGUCACACCUUCUCGUCUACUGGUGGUUCUGUAUCUGCUCUCCCUGGUGAUUAUUCAUUCAGCGGUAUGGGCGACAAAACACACAGCACUGAUUUUUCAUCUGGCAAAUCGGAUAUAUCAACAGGCAGCAUUACGGAUGUCGACAGACGAGCACUGGUAUGUACAUCAGCCCCGUACUACUCACGUCGAACAAGCAUGAAUGAUGGUGGAAUUAUCCCGUCAUCGACAACGUAUACAGGAGGAUUAGGAACAGUUGGUGGAGGCACUCACGGUCACCAUAUGCGACGCUCGCUUCCAGACAUGGGAGCUGCACCUUCAGAGCCACCAAAGCUUUACCCAUAUCACUUGCUUAUUAUUACGAAUUACAGACUGCCAGCAGAUGUCGAUCGCUGUAACCUUGAGUCGUCAAUGUAA